AUGCCACGACUCCCAUGGCUUCAUAUCCUGCGAGCACAUGUCCGCGCAUGCGGUGCAUCGCCCCGGAUAGGGUGCCAGCUUGGGAGAUUCGCACCAGUCGCGGCAGCUGCGGCCACCGGUGCCUUGCUGUGGCCGGGCUCCGUGGCACGUCAGGAGUCCCCGGCGCCGGCCAAGACGCCGGCCAACCCAACGCCGCCACAGCCGGCGGCGCUGCCGGCAGCGGUGCCCGCCGCACCAGCAGCGGAGCCGGGCAAGGCGCCAGCAACGCCACCAGCUGAUCCUAAAAAGGCGGUGCAGAGGACCGUGAACAUCGAUCAGGAGAUGCUGAAAUCGAGGCGCCUCUUCUUGACAGGUGAGGUCAAUGAUGACAUGGCCAAGGCUGGAGAAUUCAGUGGUUCAACUGUAGCGGUGGAGCAAAUUGGGGUCAUUGAAGAGAGUUGA